AUGUCUUAUUCCUCGAUGGCAGUGCGAUUUUUCACAGCGCCUAAAUCACUUGGUGAUGCUAUGGACGAAAAAGGUAAACAGUCCAGCCCUGAGUCUCAAGGCCAGACGGUCAUGAGGCCAAAUGUGUCGACUAACCAGCCCUCAUCAGAGGUUGCGGUUCCUCACACCCCCAAGACCCAGGGCUUGACUUUUGCAAACCAGGAUUCGUUGCCUAAGUUGCCUAUUCCUGAUCUUGAAGAUACUUGCCGCAGGCAUUUGGAUGCCCUUGAGGCUUUGCAGACCCCACGUGAACAUGAAGAUACCAAGGCUGCUGUUCGUGACUUUCUGAAGAAUGAUGGUCCUCUUCUGCAAGAACGGUUGAAGACUUAUGCUGGCUCUAAAACGAGCUACAUUGAGCAGUUUUGGUAUGAUUCUUAUUUGAAUUUUGAUAAUCCUGUUGUCUUGAACCUCAACCCCUUCUUCCUGUUGGAGGACGAUCCGACUCCCGCAAGAAAUCACCAAGUGACUCGAGCUGCGUCGCUGGCCAUUUCGGCUUUGGCGUUUGUUCGAGCUGUGCGUCGGGAGGAGUUGCCUCCUGAUACAGUGCGAGGAACACCCCUUUGCAUGUACCAGUACUCACGGCUUUUCGGAACCGCCCGUCUGCCUACUGAGAAUGGUUGUGUCAUUAGCCAGGACCCUUCGGCCAAGCACAUGGUGGUUAUGUGCCGUGGUCAAUUCUAUUGGUUUGAUGUCCUCGACGACAACAGUGAUCUGAUCAUGAGUGAGAAAGAUAUCUCGCUUAAUUUGCAGGUUAUCAUUGAAGAUGCUGCGCAAACUCCGAUUCACCAUGCAGCCAAGGGGGCUCUAGGUGUCCUCAGUACGGAAAACCGGAAGGUCUGGUCUGGGCUGCGUGAUAUCAUGACCAAGGACUUGAGGUCCAAUAAUGCAGAGUGCUUGAAUAUUGUCGAUACGGCGCUGUACGUUUUGUGCUUGGAUGAUACAGAACCUUCCACUACAGCCGAACUCUGCGCAAACAUGCUUUGUGGUACCAGUGAGGUUAUCAAGGGGGUUCAAGUUGGAACCUGCACCAACCGCUGGUACGACAAACUGCAAAUCAUUGUCUGUAAAAACGGCAGCGCUGGUAUCAACUUCGAGCACACCGGUGUCGAUGGACACACAGUGCUCCGAUUCGCCAGCGACGUGUAUACCGACACCAUUCUCCGCUUUGCAAAGACCAUCAACGGCCAGGCCCCGAGCUUGUGGGCAACCAGCAGCCCUGACCCAGCCAAGCGUGACCCAAGCAGCUUUGGCAACGUCAGCACAACACCCCGUAAACUCGAAUGGGACAUGACGCCCGAGCUAAACAUUGCCCUCCGCUUCGCCGAAUCACAUCUUUCGGACCUUCUCUACCAACACGAAUUCCAAGUCCUUGACUUUGAAGGCUUCGGUAAGAAUUUCAUCACCUCAAUGGGCUUCUCUCCAGAUGCCUUCGUGCAAAUGGCUUUCCAAGCCGCCUACUACGGUCUCUAUGGUCGAGUCGAGAAUACCUACGAACCAGCAAUGACAAAAAUGUUCCUCCACGGACGUACCGAGGCAGUGCGGACCGUCGAUGCUCUGCGUGCCGCAACUCAAAAGCACACCGCUGCCACCAAAGAAUGCUCAAAGGGCCAGGGCCAAGACCGCCACCUUUAUGCUCUCUACUGCCUUUGGCAACGCUCCUUUGAUGAGGGUUUAUUCCCUGACACUAGCUCCACGGGCGGCUACUCUAGCCCCGGCGAAACUACCUCCCAAACACAAAGCCACGGCCCUGAGUCACCAAAACUAUCCUCCUCCCCCUCGGACGACGGUCUGUCAUCACCAGGCAGCAGUCCACGCGCCUACCGCACAACAGCACCCACACCCGCGAUCUUCGCCGACGCAGGUUGGGAUAAAAUCAACAACACGGUUCUUUCAACUUCAAACUGCGGGAAUCCCUGUCUGCGCCACUUCGGCUUUGGUCCCACGUCCGCCGACGGCUUCGGUAUCGGGUACAUCAUCAAAGACGACUCAAUUUCUUUCUGCGCUUCUUCGAAGCACAGACAGACCGGUCGUCUAAUGCAUACCCUCGAAUCGUACUUAUUUGAAAUCCGCAAAUUGCUUCGUGCGACGAAUCGCAAACCAAAUAGCCCCCGCACUAGUCGCGCACGUGAGACAGAGGCUCUUUCAGAGAGCUUGCAAUCCGAGUCGCAUCGCCGUGGACGCAUUGUUCGUGGAGGGGGAAUGGGGGAUGGACGUGGUGCUGAUACGCCUACUUCUGCUGCGGAGAGUUCUUAUAUCGAGGAUGACGGGAUGGGAGGAUAUGGCUUUUUCGAUGCCGGAAUGCUUCUUCAUGCCCUGAAAGGUCUCGGCGCAGACCGUGAAUCGCGCGAGAAGCCUGUGAAAAGGAGAUUUGUCGGGAAGAAACUUCAUCUCAAUGAGUAUUGA